UAAUAUAAUGAAGCGUUGGCUAAUCAAAAAUACAUAAGCAUUUUUCUCCCGUCAGUUCUCCUCAGACUACUCCAAGAAGAAGAAAAAGUGCAGGGCUGUACAUGAGAGUGUCUUUGUGAUACUAGUCAGUGGCGGCCCUGACAGAGCAGGCAUUGUUUGCUCGCUGUAAUAGGCUUGGCAGCCAAAUAAGGUAGAGAUCUGUGCCGCGCAUACAGAAUCGGAAAGUAGCAGAGGACAAGCAUCUAAAAAUUCCUACCACUGGAGUAACUAGAAGAAGGAGUUUCAAAAUGUGCCGCUAACAGCUUGCUGUGGGGUCUUCUGUAGAAUAGAAACGUAGCCCUGGAAUGAAGAAUCCUUGUUAAUUGAAGCAACAGAGGUGCGCUCACCACAGAUGCCAGCCCUCUCCAAGGAAUAACCUCUUCAUCCUGAAGUGUCACCAGCUCCUGCUAGUAUAAUGGGACCAGACAGUGGCUUCUUAGGCAGUGGGCAGGUCCACGUCAUCCUAUGGGGAAGUUUGGCAGCUAUGACCACACUCUUAUUCCUCACCUUCCUCAUCUUCCUCUGCUCCAGCUGCAACAGGGAAAAGAAGGCCAAGCAUCAGUAUGGAGAUCAUGAAAAUCUGAUGAAUGUGCCUUCUGAUAAGGAGAUGUUCAGCCACUCUGUCACAAGUUCAGCUACUGAGCCUCCUCCAAGCAGCGACCAGAACGGGGCACUCAGUAAUGGCGAGGUUCUCUCGGAGGACAGUACAGCUGCCUGCAUCCAGCCUUAUGAAGAAGUACAAACGUCUGUCUCUGAUCUGCUAGAUCAGCAAGAUAGUCUUGGAAAAUCCAUUAAAUGUCACCAGAGCCGGGAACUACCUAGUAUUCCUCCUAACAGUACCAUGGAAACCAUCAUCUCAGCUGGAAAUGGAGAAAAUGAUCAAGGUCUUGGAAUGGAAGGGCCUUAUGAAGUCUUGAAAGACAGCUCCUCUCAAGAGAACAUAGUUGAAGACUGCUUGUAUGAAACUGUGAAGGAAAUUAAAGAUGUCGGAGCAGUAGCCGACAUGGAAAGAAGCUGUAACAACAAAUCAAGGUCUUCACUUAUGGUUUCUGAAGGUCAGGAUCAGAUCCCUGAGUGCAGAAUUGAAUCAGCAGAAUAUGCGUCUGUUGAUCGAAAUAAAAAGAGUCGCCAAAGUGCUAAUUCAGACAGCCCUCUUGGCAACACACCAGAUGUAGAGGAUGAGCCCCCCCCUCCAGUACCCAUGAAACUUCUUGAUGAAAAUGAGAAUGUGCAAGAAGAAAAAGUGGAAGAAGAAGAACAAGGAACAGAAGGAGCAAGUAAACCAGAGAAGAGGCUUAGUUCAGUGUCUUACAAGUCUCGAGAGGAAGAUCCAUCUCUUACAGAAGAUGAUAUCUCAGCCAUGUACUCUUCGGUGAGUAAGCCAGGACAGGCCAUCAAGGCACUGGAUUCUACUUACACCUGUAUUCAAGAAGUUGCAUCUCCGAGGUCCCCAUCGAUUUGCAGUGGCCUCUAUGCAAGCGUAAAGGACUUUGAAAACACCCUAAAUACUACCAUUGUGCCUCAGUCAGUGGACAGACCAAAUGGGGAGCUGGAGCCUGACUAUGAAGCUAUCCAGUCAAUGAGCCAGGAAGAAGAUAGGACAUUGUCUGUGCCUAACGCAAACCACACUGCUCUUUCAGGAGAGAAUGACUAUGAGAGUAUAGGGGACUUGCAGCACCACAGGGAUUUCACUAGACUUUAAUUACUCUGGCAGCCAGAUUUCAGCAUUUAUUUUAUCAGCUGGCAUUUUCACAGGAACAUGUGAAACAAGGAGAGCGUGCUCCUCCUCCUGAGGACUCAAGUUAAGUAUGGAAAAAAGUUGUGAGAAAGCAACGCAUGUUUCAACCAGCGUGCAAUAUCUGUUGGGUUAUUCUUGGUCGUGGAUUGCAGCUCACUAGAAGGGUUGCAUCAGUUCAGAAUUAGGAUCAAAACAAUGUAAAGGCUUCUUUAUUGUUACUUCCAAGACAACUAGAAUUUGGGAAAGAGGGGCAUAUUUGUUUUCUUAAGAAGAUCAUGUACCAAAAAGAUUGCCUUUACACAGAGCUAGCUUUUCAUUUUAAAAGAUUAUGUCCUUUCUUUCAAGGUGUCCUUCAAGAAUCAUUUUUCAUUAAAGUUCAACCAUCAUCUUCAUUGAGCAAACUGCAGAUCAUCAUGCCUCAACUCAGACUUAUUUUGCAGAGGUGGGGAAGGUGUGUUAACUUCCAUGUCUUUUGAGGAGCUCUGUAAUUCAGCUUUGAGGACUAUGAGCCCUUGCAGCCAGAAGGGAUUGGAGAUGGAGUCAGAAUAUUGGUAUGUUCCACUCCGCUUUCAUUACAGCUACAGUGCAAACAACAGUACUUCACUUCAUAAGGGACCUACUCCAGAUGUACUUGAAUUAAUUCUGUAGCUUUUUCUUUUGUUUUUUUUUUUUUUUUUACAUUAAGGGCUGUAGAACUUGACUUUCAGUAUUUAAGAUAUGUAGUGGUGUUUGUUGGGUUUGUUUUGUUUAAUUAUUUGUGAAAUGCUUUUUAAAAAUGUCACCCUUAGCAUUCUCGCCUCUAUUCCCCUUGUGUGCACACAUAAUACUUACACACACUAGACAAUUGUCAUGUUGUAUCAAAAAGCUGUGCAAAUGAAUGUGUUGGCGUAAUGUUCAGUCUAACUUUAACAGUGUUGACUCAUCUUUUUAAGAAUUCUGCCCUUUGUUUUUAGACUUUAAAAUAUUUUUAAUAAGUUGAUCUAGUUUAUUAUGUAGGAAAAUUUAUGUACUGUUUUGAGUCCAUGAUAAUUUUCAUUUUUAUGUUAUAUUUUUCAUGUUCAAAGUUAUUGUAGAUUAACUUACGGUUUUACGUAGCAGAAGGAGUCCCAUGCUUUGAGCUGCAUUUAUUUUUCCUCUAAAAACACUUGCUAUAUUAGAAGCAUGUACAUGAACAAUUCUGUUAGUUUUUUAUCUUCCUAAGCAGGGGUGUGGAAUACGCCUUGCUGUUUCUAAGCUCAGAAUUGCAGAGCCUAUGUAAAAGAAUACUGUCAAGGGGCAAAAAAGAGGAAGAUGAGAGAACGGGGUUUAGUCUGGGAUAGCCACUGGUCCUCCUUGUUCCUCUGGUAAAAGGAGCAGGAGAAUAAUGACUGAAGGAGACCAAGCUUGGGGCUCUGACAAGUGGUCUGAAAGCCACUGUCAUUGCAAAGAUACCAAGUUAUUCUGUUACUGCUGGAAACAAAGUAUAGCGCUCAGAUGAAACAAGUAGGUAUUGAGCUGAUACUUCGGUUUUCUUCCAGAAUAGUACGAUGUGCCACCCCAGCACUGGAGAACUGGCAUUGUGUCAUGUGCGUAUACAUGUAUACACAUGCUUACAGUUAUGUGUACACGUGUGCAUCUAUCCCUGUGUAUACACACAUAUACAUCUAAUUUGGCUGCAAGUAUAAAUUACUGUCCGGACUUGAUAGCAUCCACAUACAUAAUAUUUGGCAUGAACUUGAAGAGUAGUUUAUUUUUACUUUAAAAUAAACAGUACAUAAACUGCUCAUUGCAUAUAGCCUAGAAUGGGCUUAGUUUCCUGGUUCUGAUUUUUGACAUAUCAAAUUGAGUCUCUAAAAUCACUGGCCAGUGCCACACCAGUACUUGGUACAAUAAAGAGCAAAUGUAGAUUUGGUUGCACACAUUUAUUACACUUAACUUGAUAGCUGAAAGCCAUGAACUGAUUUAUGGACUUGGCCUGCACUGCAGUGGCUCUGAGGAGCAGUGCUAGUGUGCAGUCAGCCCCUGCCUGCGUUAGCGUGAUUCAGGCUUCCUGGAUCCUGACCUCAUGCAACAGUGUAGGACGCUUGAGCUAUGACUCUCUUCAUAAAAGAGAGUCAUAAAAGCAGUUCAGGCCAGCCUACAUCCAUCUUGUUCUUGAUCGUGCUGUCAUGUUUUCACAGGUUCAGCAAACCCUUUGCUUCCACUUCAUUGCAAUGGCUCCCUCUUUUAAAGCUGACUUUCAGCUUCCUUUCUGCACUUUUUCGCUCAGAAAAGUUUCUGGUUUUGUUCCCCUGAAUAUGAACUCAUGAAGUUCUCCUCUUACUGUUCUCUCCUUCUACUUUAUACUAUUUAAGGCCAAAGAUAAGAUCUUCCAUGUUUCAGAAGGUCUUUUGUGAUAAGUUUGAAGAGUGUCCGAAGUCUUUCACUAUGUGUUUGCUGUCUGCUCCUUGCUCAGGGGACCUGGUUUAUACCACCCUCAGUCUGACUCCUGUAACUUAGUGGGAGACACUUCCCAACUCCUGAGGUUCCCAAACUCAUCUCAAGAAGCAGUUAUCCCUUAAGGAUUGCCAUAUACAUUACCCAGAUGACUGCUUCUGGAGAAAAAAUAGCAACAUGAGGCUUGUCAGGUUCACCAGAGGCAAUUUUAAUACAAGCUUAAAGAUCAAAAGAUAAUACAAGCUCAUUCAAGCGAAGAAAAAGGUUAAACUCCUGAUUACAACAUUUUAAGUUGCAAAAGAAGAAAAUAAUGCACCACUCAAAGAACACACUCAUCAUUCUUUCCUUGCUGUCAUUCAAGAUCAGGAAGUCUAAGCUGCAGGGAGAGGAGGAACUGCCCUGGUGCCCUUUGCUCUUCUUUCAGAGCAGAAGCAUGCUAUUGGUUUGGGGAGAAGGACUUGAGACUCAGUCCCGUCCUUCUUGGGCUGACAACUGCUCCCCCAGAUUUCCCUUUUCCACAGUGAGAUCCCCUCCUCUCUUCAUUUGUUUUUAUUUUUAAGCUGGCCCGUACAACCUUGCAAUAGGAGCUGGUACUGGGCUUGCAGUCCUGUGGAGCUGACACUUCUCUUCUGGUGUAAAUGAUGCUCAGCUCGGUCACAACCUUUUCAAAGUGGCUAUCAUAGCAAAGAAAGAGCUUCAGUGGUGGGUGGGUUCUCAGACUGUGUUUUAUUUUCUUCUUUCAUAAAUUUAUCUCAGAUUUUACAAACAGGAGUUUCACCUUUUAUUUUUACUGCUCUGUCCAUCAUGUAUUGUAGGUAUAUGUUUUAUCCACAUCUCUUCAAACUCUCAGUCUCUGGAUCUUGACAGAUGACACAGUAAUACAGAUGAAGUUUAAUAUGGAGUGUUUAGUCUAAGCUACCAUCCCCAUUCUGUCUUUUGUCAGAUUUAGGGACUCUUAUCAUGAUAGUCUCAUCUGAAGUAACUGCAAAAGAGAUCUGCUUCCAGUCCAGCAGACUCUCAGUGUGUUAGGGAAGGAGUUCAGUCCGAUUGCUAUGCUUCAGACAUUUGGACCUGCCCUCACCAGCUGAGACUGCUUACACUGGACUCUUGGGAGCCACUAACAAGAAUUACCCUCCCUGAACCAGGUGCCAGGAGAAAAGUCCAUAACUCCCCUGCAAUCUCCAUUAUAUAGCCUAAGGCUAAAGAAAAAUAUUUCAGAAUUCCAUCCAGAGUUCUUAAAUUGCCUUGCUUGACGAGGGAUCAAGCCUCUAUUUUAGAUGUUCUUCACUAAUAUAUUGGAUGGAAAGAUUUUUCCAGCAGUAAUCCCCAAAUAUAUUAAUCUUACUGUAAAGAGAGGGGAGUCUCUCUCCUACAUGUCUCUCCACAUAUUUCUUUCACCAUCUUUCAAAUAUAUCACUCUAAAUAAAAUGUCAACAUCCAAAAUGAGAUUUUUUUUUUACCUGAUCAUCUUUUCUGGGCUACUUUGCAGUCUAUUUUUUUACCUCCAUUUGUUGGGAAAAUAUGUAAUAAGAACUCACUUCAAAUCACCGCAGUAAAGUCAAGUAAAGCUGUAAUGUGUGUGUAACUACACUAGUGGAAAGGUCUUUUCUCUUUUCCUUCUGGGAACUGGUAGAAAUCAGAAAUGCAGUUCAGAGGGGUUUUUUUCAGUGAAUCUAUGUCUCCUGUAGGAGUUCUAACCUGAACCCAAUGCCUAAACCAGUCAUCCCCUUCUACCAUGGCAAGCUUAGAAUUGCUUUCUCAAUUGGAAAAAAAAAAUAUUUAAGGAUAUCUGUAGCAUGGGCAUGUACCUUUUUACCAUGGUUAGCUCAGUUAUAGUGCCUUUUUUACUAAGUAUUUAGUAUUUCCAUACUCUUUUAGAAGUGUUUGUUUAGCACAAAAGCAGAAAGAAAGAGCCCUUACAUUUGCUUCUCUAAGUGGCAACCAGCUUUAUGGAGACACAUCAAAUGUACUGGACCUCAGUUAGCCCUAAAAUAGCAAUAAGCUUCUUACAAACUUCCUGUGAAAGCCCAGUAAUGUAGCUACGACAACUAAGCUUUGCAAUAAGAAUUAUCAGUCUUCUUUUGAAAAAAACUAAGUUUUUCCAACAGUGAGCAUUCAGGGAGGUGGUGUUCCGUGUCCAUGUCAACUGUGAACAAUUAGUUGCUCAGUCUUUGUAUUUAUAUCAAUUACAGGCUUGCUUAUAUGUAGCAGCAUUCAUGGGAUGGGGGCAAUUGCAAAAGCGGUGCUGGGAUUCAGAUUCAUUAGUCACCCAAAGCUGGAACAUCCCACAGUAGCAACUGGCUGAGGAUCAGCUGCCUAGUGUAAGCUCUACUGUGUUGUGCCUUCAGGGACUCCACCUUCCCCGGGUUUUUCUGGGCAGUAUACUUCUCCAUGGCUCCCUGAACAGCUCCUGUUGGCUUUUGUGAUCAAAACUCUGUAUACACGGUGCUCUCUGUUAAACCUUUCAAUGGUGCUUUUAUAAGAUGCUGGAUAAACGGUUUCAAUGCGCUUUCUGAAAGCUGACAUGUAAAAUUGUGACAUAUAGCAUUCGCUCUAGUAUUUUCGACUUCACAGAACUUAGCGUUAACUGUGUUGAUGCUGACAGUGCUUCCCUGUUUCUUCUUCAUCCCAUGUAGAAUCAAAAUGUUGUCACAUGUAACAAGCCUAUGUUGGGCAACAGGUGUUUAAAAGCAGCUACUCGGGACAAGUGCUGUGGCUGGAAAGCAGUUAGACACGUGACUGUGAUUUGACUGUAUUGUAGGACUGGAAACAUCAUAGAUCCCAGCUCCAGGACUUUCUCCUGUUUCCUAUUGUGUAUAUAUAUUUGCCCGCAAUAUGACUAUAGGAAAUCUGUUUCUGCAACAAACAUGUUAGUUUGGGCCAGAUUCCAAAGAGGAAUUUUUGUUCUUAGGCAAAUUACCAUUUAUUUUAGAUGAUCGUUAGGUAUUUAGGUUGGAACAUGCCUGAAUAAGGCUGAUAUGUGCCUCACAAGUAACUUAGUAUAUGUCGUCUAUUGCAAAAAAGGAGAAUACAGAAAGAGAUUCAGUAUCACAGAUGCUCUUGUGGUGGUGUGCUGAAGACUUUCAGGGGCAAAUCUCUUCCUGAGAGCAGGAAGCGUAAUUGCUGUUAAUAUGAUAAGCAUAAUGAUUUCGUACUCUGGAGCUGAAAUUGGUUUGUAGCAUCUUUUUGGGGAUGGUCAUGGCUGAAGAUAGUGCCAAAAAAAAAAAGUCCCAGCUAGCCAGAUAUUAACAUUGUUGAGUGUUAUGCUGACGAUAAGUGCUAUGUAUAGAGCAUCACACGGUUAAAACCACUGGGUUCCCUUUCUUUAAGGAGAGAAGACCCCUUGGUUGGGUGAGUAUGAAAGAUCCCAUGCUCAGCAUUCAAUGUACCUUCAGCAAAAAAUAUUCAACAUAUUAAUUGCCUGUGUGAUAUUUUCCCAGUAGUGCAUCAGGGUACCACAUACACUAGACACUGUUCUUUUCCGAUGGACAACAGAAAGAUGAAAGCGUAUUUCUGAUACAAGGCUCCCAUUGAUUAAUUGAUGAAACGUACUUUACAUAUAAGCCACAGGUCAGCAAGGGAGUGUCUACACAAUGCAGAUAUAUUUAAGCUAACUCUAAAUGAUGCAGCUUAGGCAUUGUAAGCAGAAUCACUGGAACAACUUCAUGCUCUAGUUGGAUGGUUAUAUUGGAUAGGCUGAUCCACUCAUAUAGUGCCAGCACAAACACUCCAGUUUGCAUGGCAAAUACAUGGAGUACCUUUGUAUUACAUACUAUUUGGCCUGUGCCCAAUCUAUUUGACAACAUAAAUGUUAUCAUUCUAUUUUUUCAUGCUGUAAAGUUUUGUUUCUCAAGAUCUUAGCUUAAAACUGUCCAGAAGGGUAGUCACUACAAAUAGGAUAGCAAAACAUGUAAAAAUAAAGAUGUCAGUGCAUCAGUAAAGAUGCUCCCUGUUACUGCACAGCAACUUGUCUAUUGUAUGUGGUACUCUCUUGCCAUACACAUUUUUAAAUAGGGGCUUUCAUUUGUGAUGUUCAUUUAUCCUUAUAAUAGCAAAGUGUGACAAGUUUUCUGUCUCUACAGAUCUUCUAAUUUUCACCAGUAUGUUAUAGAAAAUGUAAAAUAAGAUUCUAUGUUCAGUUUAAAGGACAGCUAUGUUUCCUCUUAAAGUUUAUGUUAAUAUAACAACUUGCUUAGAUGAUAUAGCAAAAGUAUAUUCAAAGUAUAGCAAUAUGGCUUGAUUUUAAAAUGCUUCAUUUUAAAUUUCAGAACGUCUCCCUUUCAGUGCAGACAACGUUACCAGCUCUUGGAAUUUUAAUCUUGUACUAUUGGGGAAAGGUUUUUAAAACAUCACUGAUCUUAUUACUUUAAAGGGAAAAAAAAUACUGAUGUUUUGACAUUUCUAGUGUCUAUGAAGAGACUCUCAUAUUUUUGACUUUCAGCAUAGGAUAGAAUUGGACUAACUAAUUGGAAAUGAGAGCAUUUCUGGAGCUGUUUCUCCCUUCCAUGUUCAGCUGUCACCAUCUCAGUGGCUCUUUUGUCCUUGAUGAGCUAUGGAAACUGUCCAGAGGGCAUAGAAACUGCAUCACCUUAACAAUUUUGAAUGGGUUCUUUUUAAAUCACCUGGGGGAUUUGGAAGUCUGGACUUAUGCUCUUAAGGGAAAUCAUAUCCUCAGGGAUCCCCGUCUUGCAGACUUCAUGGAGAUCUUUACUUUCUUUCAAGGCAAGAAGAUAUCUAGCUUGCAAGCACUCAGCUGACAUGAAAAAGAUGUACUGUAAAAGGUGAUUUGAUACAAUGUUUAAAUGUAUUAGUAAAAAACACCUAAGAGCACAAGAAUUUCCUUUCUCACGUGUGUGUGGAUACUAGAAUUUGGUCUUUAUCUUUGAGCUAUUUCAGCGUGGUCACAUAAGCAGUCUCCUCAGAUUAUCCUCCCAGCAGAAAGUGCUGCUCACCUAUUUCAGACUCUGAAUGAGCCUCAGGCUCAGUGUAGUGGCUCCUGAGUUUCUGCAUGGACCACCUCCAUGCUUUCCAGCGGGGCCUGUCUCUACGUGGUGGCAAGGACAGGUCAGGCACAGCCCUUCACCUCACAGCCCUCACUCCUUUUAAUUUAAGAAGGGGGAAUGUGAGCUGCUUCUCCUCAAGCUGCAUGUUUUUUUUAGAUAAAUGUGUUUUUAAGAGCCACCCUGCAAACCCAGAAAAGAGCUUUUACUCUCAGGGCAGGACAGAUAUAGACCGCUGCAGCAACUAGGAAGAGGGAGGUAAAAGGAACAAUAGCUAAGUUUAAUUUGCGCUUCACCCAUACCACAGACUACCUGUUUAUUAUAAAGAUUUUUACAGUAAAAGGGAUUAUAAUUGAAGGACAACUUUUCAACAGUCUUGUAAGAGAUGAAUGGAAUUGCUUAUUUCUUUCCAGAAUUGCCUAAUUGCAAAGAGGUAGUGUCAAGUCCUCUUUGUCGCACUGUGAUGCAGCGUUUGCUGAUCUUUUAUCAAGCCUCCAUAUCAACAUAAAUGGAAAUAACUUCUAAAUACAUGGUUUUGUUCUAUGGUAAGUCCAAGUUAGACAAACGUAGGUGCAGCAAUGGAAGUGCCAUGUAGCCACAGGUUUCCAUAUAUGGAUCUGGACUUACACUGAUGGAUUAUAGUGAAAAUCAGAACUGGACUGUUUUAUUUAAAUGGGAUUACUUGCAUGAGCCAAGGGUGCCGGAUUGGACCCUAAGAGUUUAGGAGAUGUUUGGCUUGGUGCUAGGUAUUUUAUUUGUAUUUUCACUGUAGUGAUUUUUUUUUCUUUAUGUCACUGAAUUGAUAUGACUUCCAUUGGCAUAACAAAAACUACAGAGUAUGGUAUAUGGAUAAUUAUCUUUAAUAGCUAUUAUUAAAAUUAUGCCUCAUUAGGAUUCACUUUAAAUUGGGUGCUAUAGACGCUUCAGCACAAAAUUGCUUUAUAUAUGGAACAUUGCAUACUUAAAACAUAUUGGAUAAAUAUUUGUAAUUACAGGCACUUCCUUUUAUUUCAAUCAUUGUUUCAUAAUGGAAAAAUAUUUAUUAGUAGAAUGGUUUUCUAGCAAUGUUCUCUUACCUAACGUUAAGAAGUUGGUUUUUUGGACAGCUAUUUGAUUCUCUGGUCACUGAAGCAGAACUUCAAACCAUCCUCUAACCAGUACAAUCUUGUGAAAAGAGAGGGCUCAAACUCUUCUCUGUCUCAUCUCAGAGCAGAUACAAAGAAAACAGUUAAAUAUACUGUGUAGUUCAGAUCUGUAGGUGGUGAGAGCAAUUAAAAGAAAUGUAUGUAAUAUAAAAUCUAGAGUCAGUGCAUGCAGACUUCCACGGCAGCACUAGCUGAGGCUUGUUUGCUACAUGAUUGGUUAUUUGGCUUGCUACCUUUCUGAAAUCAAUGUAGUUUCGUUAACAACCCUGCAGACAGUGAAAUAGUGUAGUUUUCCCAAAUGUGUGUUCCAUAAACUGUAGCUUGACUGUAAUUGCAGAGCUUAUACUACUGCUAGAGUAGUUCAGAUCCAACACUAAGUUGCAUUUUGUAAAUUGCUAAAUGCCAUGAAAUUCUUUUCAAUGUUUUGUAGUAGUGUAUACGAGUUGAUGUAAUUUAGUCAUACCAUUAUUCUAAGAAUCUUCAUCUGAUGUUUCUAGCCAAUUCAGCUUUUGGCUGCUGAAAGCACAGUAGGUGAUUAUGGUUAUUUACUGUAAAUGUAGACAAGUUUUUUGUAAAUAUGUCAGGACAAAAAAGAGAAAGAAAAUGUUACUUAAACAUAUGAGGCAAGUUAUCUAAAAGACCAAACAUAGGUCAAUAUGAAAUACAGGUUUUAUUUAUGUACAGUAGUAUCCUAAUAUUUACAUGUUUAUAUGCAGAAAAAAAAAUCUUAAGAUUCUGUACUGUAUUCUCUGAAAGCUUUUAAAAUAGGCUCUGCCAUUUUCUCUGGUUAAUAUAUUUGCAUAUAACUUUUGAAUUUACUGGAAAUCCAUGUAAAUGAUGUCAAAUGGUAAACAUGUUAUAUUGCAAUGAAAUGAAUCUAAUUUAAAUAUCCUAGGAAAAAUCAGUGGAUUGAAAACUUUAUAUAAAUUCAGUAUCCGGAUAGAAUAAAACACAAUAAAUAA